UGUUUCUAAAUAGUCGAUCCACUGUAAUAAACGACACUGGAACACACUGUGCAGUGUGCACCAUAUAAGGGCAAUCUUGGCGCUUUUGGAUUGGUCCUUACUCUGCUUCCGGUUCCGGUUAGCGAUGGCGGUUGCUAGCUACCGUUAUUUAGACACUUAGUUUUCUCGCUUAUAAUACGGUUAUAUUUUGAAAAGAGGAAAAAAAGAAAAAACAAUAUGUGACAUUGAGUUUCAGAAAUGAUAUUUCCUGUAUUAUGUACAUAGGAAUGAACUGUGUGACAGUGACAGCAGUUAAAAUAGUUGUAAUGUUGCCGCAAAUCGUUAAGUAAGCUGCUGCUCGCUAGAUGUUAUUAGCUUGUUAGCUAUUUGGCGUCUUCACUCAAUACUUAAUGCUAACGUCCACCUGCGUUACCUGAUGUAAAUUUGCUUAUUAAGGUUAUUUUCGGCUUUAGUGUCCACGUAUGGGAAAUAAAAAAUUCCCGGUUUCCGUGUUGUGAUUCGUGUUUUUGGCAGCCUGUUAUUGCAGCUGUCAUUCGAGUGUCCGUCUUACAGAGAAGUACAGUAGGCAGUACCAUUAUCUGAAGCAGCUGUGGAGAUGCCUGGGUUUGGAUUUGAUAAAGAAGAAUCGGACAGACUGAUAGAGAAAGCAAAGCUAUGUCUAAGAUCGGGGCAGAAAGAGAAAGCCCUGCAGAUGUUAUAUGAAGCACAGAAAAUAUAUCCCAGCACCCGAGCCCGAGUCCUCAUUGAUGCUAUUGUGAAGAAUGGGAGUGCAGCCGCCCCAGAAACUGAGCGUACAUACACACCGCCGCCUGGGUGGAGGAACAUGGACGAGGACAUCCCCGGCCGGCGGCAGCACCAGCGUUACAGCGCAGGAGACGCGGGUGAGGCACCCAGAGAUGACAAGAACAGCUAUACUGAAGAACAGAGGCAGGGAGUCCUAAGGAUACAGAGAUGUAAGGAUUUCUAUGAGAUUCUGGGUGUGCCAAAGGAUGCCAGUGAUGAGGAUCUGAAAAAGGCGUACCGCAAACUUGCACUACGCUUUCACCCAGACAAGAACUGUGCUCCUGGAGCAACUGAUGCUUUCAAAGCUAUUGGUAAUGCCUACGCAGUGCUGAGUAACCCAGAGAAGAGGCAGCAGUAUGAUGAAUAUGGAGAACAGGGUGCCGCAGAGACAGCUAGUCACUCCUCAGCCCAGCCUCGUUACACUCACACACGCCACCGAACCUUCAACAGGGACUUUGAAGCCGACAUCUCACCAGAAGAGCUCUUCAACAUGUUCUUUGGUGGCAGGUUUCCAACAGGAAACAUUCAUGUAUACACAAACAGAGGAGCUUCCUAUUCCAAUUUCUACCAGCCACGCAGACGGCGUGUGUACGAGAGACGGGAGGAGGAAGUACAGGAGAACCGCAGCCAGAAUACAUUCACAGCCUUCCUGCAGCUUCUGCCUGUUCUGGUGCUCAUCCUCAUCUCUGUAAUAACCCAGCUGAUGGCCACUAACCCCCCUUACAGCCUCUUCUACAAACCGUCCAUGGGUUUGGUGGUGUCCAGGGAGACACAGCACAUGGGUGUACAGUAUUAUGUGGAUAAGAGCUUUGAGAAGGAAUAUCAUGGGGUGGCUCUGGAUGAGCUGGAGAAGACCAUUGAGAGUGAUUACAUAGACCAUCUACAGAGCAGCUGCUGGAAAGAGAAGCAACAGAAGUCGGACCUAGCUAACCUGGGUCAGCUUUAUCGUGACGAGCGGCUGAAGCAGAAAGCCGAGACCAUGAAGCUAGACCACUGCGAGAAGCUGCACCGCUUUGUGGGCCGUCAGAGGGGCAACUAAAGGAGGAAAUCCUCGAUCAAAAAACACGGUCUUAGCUAGACAUAAGAUUUUAGUCUCUGUGAUUAAUCUCUGCAGUGAUUAAUCAUGUUAUUUAGAGAGAGAGUUUAUUGGAAGUGUGGUGCCUUUUAGCCCUGCUGAACAGGUAAAGGUACCAGCAUGACGAAGUGCACUGGAGCUGCUGGAAGUAAUCAAUUCGGUCAGCUUUUUGCGACAAUGAAACGUAGCCUCAUCACAGAGGACAUGGUUUUUGUGUAUUUGUGCCAGAGCUGGGUUUUACUUCCUUACAUUAAGGAAUUUAGGCUCCAGGUGCACUGAUACUUGCUUAGAUUCUUCUGUACAUGCUCUUAUUUGAAAUAAUAUGCCUGAGUUUUAGUAGUAUAUUACAUAGUCUUUAGAAAAUAAUUUAAUUUAUUUCAUUGAUUCAUCUUAUUUAUUUUUCUUUUCAUGUGUGCAGAGUUACAUUUAACUGUGGAGUUAAGUUAAACACUAGUUGUUCUUUUUUUUGUUUGUUUGUUUGUUUGUUUGUUUGUUUUUGUUUUUUUUUUUGGGGGGGGGGGGGGGGGGGGGCUCUGCUCACCUAAAAAGAUGAAUGCAAAAUACACAGCCCUAAACCGCUGCUUUUAAAAGCUGUUUCAGAUUAGAGCGAGGUGUCCACAUAACAGUGAAAUUACUUUACUAUAUUUAGUUUCCUUAGCGAUGUAUUAAUUAAUGCUUAAAUCUUGGUGUCACAGGGCAUUAGUAUUUAUUAUUCUUUUGUGUUGUGAAGAGAGGAAAAAAAGUCAUUUCUAUGCUCUGAAAACCUUGUGAAAAGCCCUUAUAUUAGUCAUCAUUUUUAAAUAUCUAUAUUUACAUAUUUUAGGGAAUUUCUUUUCUUUUUUUGAGUUGCAUGUAAUCCAGUGGGAGUUUUAUUUUGCUUUGUGUUGCACACAAUGAUCAACGGUCAAAGAUUUCAUUUAGACCUCAUGCUUUUCAUCUAAAUUAACUGCAAACUGUUACUGUUUGAAUUGUAGACAUGUUAAUAUGUUGUACCUCAUGUUAAGUCAACACUAAUCCUGAAAUUUUGAAUGUGAAAACCUGUUUAUUAACCCGGCACACAGUAAGGGCUGACAGCUACGCUGAAUGCUCAGCAGUGCAACACAGUGUUUGGUCAGUUGGUGCAGAGGGAGAUUUUGUGCUGGUUUAAUAAAACACUCAACAGUCUCUUCUCCUCCUGAAUUCUACAAUAAAGAUACCACAUGGUUCUUCUAAACAA